AUGGCCUCUGAGACUGUCGUCCUCAAGGUUGCAAUGUCCUGCGGAGGCUGCUCGGGAGCGGUUAAAAGGGUGCUCACCAAAAUGGAAGGCGUCGAGAGCUUCGACAUCGACAUGGAGCAGCAGAAGGUGACCGUGAAGGGCAACGUCAAGCCAGAAGAUGUUUUCCAGACGGUCUCCAAGACCGGGAAGAAGACCGCCUUCUGGGAGGCCGAAGCCACUCCUGCACCGGACGCUACCCCGGCCGCUCCUGCAGCGGAGGCAGCCCCGGCAGCAGACGCCGCGCCUGCACCGGAGGCUGCCCCAGCAGCAGACGCCGCGCCUGCACCGGAGGCAACCCCGGCCAACACCGUCGCUUGA